AUGUCUUCUUCCGAUCGGCAAUAUGACGAGGCCAUUACUCGCCUCGUCGAGUAUGUGUACCACUAUGAGGUGACCAGUGAUUUGGCCAUCCUCCGGGCCCGCCAUGCCCUCAUGGAUGCGCUCGGCUGCGCGCUGGAGACCCUUCAGCAGAGUCCCGAGUGCCGUGCCUUGAUCGGUCCCUACACCCCUGGCCUGGUCGCCCCCUAUGGCUUCAAGCUGCCGGGCACCUGCCACCAGCUCGAUCCGGUUAAAGGAGCCUUCGACAUGGCCACCCUGAUUCGGUUCUUGGAUCACAAUGAUGCAUACCCCGGCGCUGAAUGGGGUCACCCGUCGGAUAACUUGGGCGCCAUCUUGGCGGUAGCUGACUGGCUAAGCCGCACGGGCGCCACCAACCAGCCACUAACCGUCCGGACGGUCCUGAUCGCCAUGAUCAAGGCCUACGAGAUCCAGGGUUGCUACCAAGUUCGGAAUGCCUUCAACAAAGUGGGGCUGGAUCACACCCUGCUCGUCAAGAUUGCCUCCACCGCCGUCGUGGCGUGGCUGAUGGGUCUGACGGAGGAACAAGCCGCCGUUGCCCUCUCCCAUGCCUGGGCCGAUGGCCACCCUCUGCGCAUCUUCCGUCAGAGUCCCAAUGCCGGCCCACGCAAGGGCUGGGCCGCCGGCGACGCUGCCAUGCGUGCCGUCCAUCUGUGUCUGCUGGCGCGCGCCGGUCAGCCCGGCCUCCCUAGCGCGCUAACCGAGCCCAAUUGGGGCUUCCUGGCCGUCAGCUUUGGGGGCAGGGAACUGCAGCUGCCACGGCCGUUCAAGACGCGGGUGAUGGAGGAGGUGUUCUUCAAGCUGAUCACAGCCGAGGGCCAUGGCAUUUCCGCCGUGCAGGCGGCCAUGUCGCUGGCCGAGACAAUGGCCAGCCGGGGUAUCGACCCCGCCACGCAGAUUGAGCGGAUCGAUAUUCGCACCCAUGAGGCGGCCGUCCGCAUCAUCGACAAGCAAGGUCCGCUCACGAAUGCCGCUGACCGGGAUCACUGCAUGCGGUACAUGGUGUCGGUCGUCCUGCUGAAGAACGCGGUCAUCGAGGCGGACGACUACCACGAUACGAGUGCGUGGGCCCACGACCCGCGCGUCGAGGCCCUGCGCCAGCGGAUCCAGAUGGCCGAAGACCCACAGUUCACCUACGAUUAUCACCACAAGAAGUCGGGCGCCAGCGGACUCACCGUCUUUCUCACGAAUGGCGAGCAGCUGGACGAGGUGGUGGUCGAAUACCCGAUCGGGCACCCGAUGCACGCCGAUACUUUGCCCAAGGUGCGCGCCAAGUUUGAGCGCAAUAUGCAGGGUAUGUUCACGACGGAGGAAAUUAGCCGAGUGAUCGACGCGAUCCAUCAAGAUAGGCUGCCAGUGCAUCGAUUGGUUGACCUGCUGGGUCGGUGA